CCAAUGGAGAGUUUUCGUCAGACUUUCUCGGAUUGGUCAAAUUGGGUGCCGACCGCACCGCACAGGCAAUAACAGACGGGCUGGUAAAACUUUUUCAGGACGCAUGCUUGGACGACUGGAGAACAAAGUUGGUCGCUGUGUGCACAGAUGGCGCAGCUGUUAACGUCGGGGUGUACAACGGCGUUGUGCCAAAACUAAAGGGACUAGUUGCGAUUGGAGACAAUCUUGUGCACAUUCUGUGCACUACACACACGCUGGAGAAUUGCGCAAAAUCAGCUGACCGCAAGGUUCCGUACUGCAAAACCUUCAAUCAGUCUGUGGUCAGGCUGCUGCAGUUUUAUUUACAGAAAGGUGGUGCGAAAAAAACAGCUGCAUUGCAGAAGCUAUGUGAAGAAAAUGGGAUCUCCUUUGUGAAAUUGGGAAAGUUUCAUAAUAUUAGGUGGUCUGCAUGGCGGUACGAAGUACUGUUAAAAAUAUCAAGACUAUUGCCAGCCAUUAAAAUGCAAUUGGCUACAAGUGAUAACCCUGACUUGCAGCAUAUCUGCACAGAGCGUUUUCAAUGCUUUCUAACACACAUGGUUGACAUUGGCAACAUUUUGAAGACCACAUCAAUCAGAUUUCAGAAAGAAAAGCUGACCAUAGGGGAAUGUAAGGACGAACUCAUGGUGGCCAUUGGGCAAUUCAAACUUAUGCUGGAUGCUGGAGACCAUAGUGCACAGACUGUUUCUAAUGCUGAGGCUGACAUAGACAAGACAGACUUACUCAGUGCAUUAAUUGAAGAGUUUGAAACUAGAUAUGACUCCCUUAAGUCAUUUGAUCACUUCUUAGUAUUUGACCCUUCAACCUGGCCUCAGGAAAUGCAAGGCCUCCACAGUUUUGGAAACACAACAAUUUGCAACAUUCUCCAAAAAUACGAGGCCAUCUUGCAGCUCAAUAAAGACAUCACUCUGACAGAAUGGAUGCGCUUAAAGCAGGCAGCAAAACGGCUGGGAGCAUCUUCUGUGUAUGACCUAGUCCAAAUAGUAAAUAAUCCAAGUAACCCGGAUGCUUACUCCAACAUCAAAGAGCUGGUUAAGCUGUCUCUUGCACUGCCUUUGAGCAGUGCAGCUUGUGAGAGAGGUUUUUCACAUCUUAACAUAAUCAAAAACAAAUACAGAUCCCGCCUGUCACAUGCUCGUCUCUCAGCCCAUAUGCACAUCCACCUGUCAAAGGAGACCACAGAGACAUUUAACCCAAAGCCAGCUGUUGACCUGUGGAUGGAGACAGCCAACCGGAGGCUCAACCAAGGGCAAGGAAGUACAUCUACAGCAGCAGCAUCAUCUGCCACACAGGAUGCUGAAGCAGAGGACAAUGAGUGCGACACUGAGGAGGACAAUGGGGGCGACAGUGCGGUGGAUAGUGAGGAGGACUUUUAAGACUUAUCACAGAUGAGGUGAGUACCAAACACUAUUUGGUGGUACUCACAUGAGUAACUCACUAAAAAAAGUUAUGUGCACCCCUGCUUAUUAAUAACAGAGCUAAAAAGACACUUAAAUGUACUCCAUGCUUUAUUCACAGUAGGGAUUACAUUAAUUCUGUGCCAUUUUACCUUGGCUAAGUCGUGCAAGAAAGCUUGACUAUUAAAAUGUUUAAAAUGUCUUUUUUUGCAUAUUUUUGCUGGCAGUUUUGAGGCCUGGUUCUUACGCACACAUGCAAUGAAGCAGUGGUCACUGAGAUCAUUGCAAAAAAACCCUGAGUGGUACAUGUGAGGGGAAUUUGUAAGAAUCACGUCUAACAGAGUAGUCUUAUCUGGAAAAUUUGGAUGGUAUCUAGUAGAAUUAGAAAUAAUCUGCUGUGGAUUAAGAGAAUCAAAUUGUUCAAUACUUUAUCUGGUGGAUUAAGCAUGUCCCAAUUAAGAUCGCCCAGUAAGACAAACUCAGAUCUUACGUAGGGUGCCAGCGCUUCACUUAGUGUCAGUAAGGUACCUGCAGAUGCUGAUGCAGGCCGGUAGCACCCUGCUACAUUAAUAGAAAAAUUAUUUGACAAUUUAAUAGUGACAACUAAUAAUUUAAACUGUUUAGGGGUACAUACUAAAGCAACUGCACAUUGAAAAUGAUCUCUUACAUAAAUUGCCACUCCUCCCCCUCUAGAUGACCUAUCCUGCUGGAACAAGUUAUAUCCAGGAAGAUUUAUGGGGCUUAGAACUUUCAAUCCAGACUUUAAGUUGAUCAAUUUUAGGUAAGAGACUUACUCCAACUCUAGUGAACCUGCUAAACUGAAAUGAAUCCAGAUCUCUAGUGUGCUGAGGAGUAUUACCAGUUGCCUUGAUAUGCAAGAACACAAAGAAAACAGGUCCCUUUUUAUUUUCAGGCUUUUCUGUGAAAGCAAUCCAGGCCAAUAUAAGUAACAGAAGUAGAUGUUUGCAGAUAGCCAUGGUCUAGUGUAACCCCCAGGUCCGAUUUUGCAAUGGGUCCUGCAACAUGCAAGACACCGGCAGCCGCGUAGCGCAAAUACUAGCAGCAUCGUAGCAGAGACACCGGCAGCAGCGUAGCAGAGAUACCAGCAGCAGCGUAGCACAAACACCCGCAGCAGCGUAGCAGAGAUACCAGCAGCAGCGUAGCACAAACACCCGCAGCAGCGUAGCAGAGAUACCAGCAGCAGCGUAGCAGAGAUACCAGCAGCAGCGUAGCACAAACACCGGCAGCGGCGUAGCACAAACACUGGCAGCAACGUAGCAGAGAUACCAGCAGCAGCGUAGCACAAACACCGGCAGCAGCGUAGCACAAACACCGGCAGCAACGUAGCAGAGAUACCAGCAGCAGCUUAAGCAUAAACACCGGCAGCAGCGUAGCAGAGAUACCAGCAGCAGCGUAGCACAAACACCGGCAGCAGCGUAGCACAAACACUGGCAGCAGCGUAGCAGAGAUACCAGCAGCAGCGUAGCACAAACACUGGCAGCAACGUAGCAGAGAUACCAGCAGCAGCGUAGCACAAACACCGGCAGCAGCGUAGCACAAACACCGGCAGCAGCGUAGCACAAACACUGGCAGCAACGUAGCAGAGAUACCAGCAGCAGCGUAGCACAAACACCGGCAGCAGCGUAGCACAAACACUGGCGGCAACGUAGCAGAGAUACCAGCAACAGCGUAGCACAAACACCGGCAGCAGCGUAGCACAAACACUGGCAGCGGCGUAGCAGAGAUACCGGCAGCAGCAAAGCACAAACACCGGCAGCGGCAUAGCAAGACACCGGUAGCAGCGUAGCACAAACACCAAAAAACAUAAAAGUAUAAAAUUAUGUUGCUGAAGAUUAUAGAUUUUCUGCAGUAUUACUUUAAAAUCUGAAUCCGAAUCAAAUAUUUUUAUUUGACCCCAGUUUCCAUCUGCCUGUUUCUUUAGUGACUUCUGAUUUAGCUUAGCCCCUCUGUUUGUCAUUGUGUUUUGAUUACAACCAUUGCCUGUGUUUGGACCUUGCUCUCUGCCUUGCCUAAGGUUUGUGUCGUUGAUCUGUGUAUGACCUUCGCCUUCAACUACUCUGGUAUGUUGUUUGUUUAUGCUGCCCUACUGUUGUCAGGUGGUGCUUGGUUUUCCAUUUAGUACUGUUACCUUCUUUAAUCAAUUCUCUGAUUCUAAUUUGCGUGUGUCUCACCUGUGUCUGGCAUUCGUGACACCCUGCUGAAGAAACUUUGUAUUUAGGCCAAAAAGUUCAAUUUGGUCUUAUCUAACCACAGCACUUUCUUCCACAUGUUAGCUGCAACAAACAGCACUUUUUAUGUCUUUCCUUUAACAGUGGAUUUCCUCUUGUCAGUCUUCCAUAAAGGCCAGAUUUGUGGAUAGCAUGACUUAUAGUUGUCCUGUCGACAGAUUCUCCCACCUGAGCUGUGGAUUUCUGCAGCUCCUCCAGAGUGACCAUGGACCUCUUGCCUGCUUCUGACUAGUGCUCUCCUUGCUCGAUCUGUCAGUUUGGGUGGACGGCCAUGUCUUGAUAGGUUUGCAGUUGCAGAGUACAUUUUCCAUGGAUGGUGGAUUCAGCAGUGCUUCUUGGUAUAUGUUUUUAUAACCUAACCCUGCUUUAAACCUCUCCACAACUUUAUCUCUGACCUGUCUGGUGAGAUUCUUGGUCUUCAUGAUGCUGUUUGUUUACUAGUGUUCUCUAAUAAACCACUGAGGACAGCUGUGUUUAUAUUACUAAAUUACACACAGCUACACUCUAACUUAUUCAGUGACUUCUGCAUGUGAUUUUAAUACUUUUGCACAUCAUACUUUUCAGAUUUUUAUUUUAUAAAAUAUUUGAAAACAAUGUAUUGUUAUAAUAUCAAUUCACAAUUAUGUGUGUUGGUUUAUCACUUAAAAUCUCUAUAAAAUACAUUUAGGUUUGAGGUUGUAAGGAGACAAAAUGUGAAAAAGUUAAAGGGGUAUAAAUACUUUUGCAAGCCACUGUAUGUAUGCCACUGUACUGUGGAUAUAUUUAUUAUAAAAAUAGACCUUCAAAAUUAGAUUAAUGCCUGAUAAAUGGUCAUUUGACCACUAAAUCUCCAAUAAAUGUAAUUGAAUGUAAAUUAUUCUCUGUUGAACGUAACCCUACACAUAUCCCAAACCCUUUACCCUAACAUUAUUAGGUUACAUACCACUGAGAAUCAUUUUUAUUACAUUCAGCUGAGAGUUCAAAUGCUUUUGAUAGAUAUUCUGUUGAAUGUUAGUUUAAUAUUGGUGAUAUCAACCUGAAAAUAUCCCAGAAAUUACCCCUGUAUUGCAGCCUUAGAGUGCGCUAGAGUACAUAAUCUUUUCAGGUUCUACUCAGUAAUGCCCUGCCUUUAAGCCACGUUAGCUAGUCACGUUAGCUGCUUAUAAGAAUUGUGUUAUCUUUUAAACAAUUGAUUGUGUGAGUUCUUGCAUGAUGAAGCAAAUAUGUGGAUAUUGGGUACAGUAGCUGUAUGAUGCAAUACAAAUAUUUUGUAGAGUGGUGCUAAAUCUACAGCUGGACUAGGGUUCACCUUAAUGUCAGAGAACUUCUGACCAUGCACAUGUUAAAGUGAUUACGUUUUAUGGGAACUUUCCAGUUGUGCUUAAAGUUCCUUCAAUGUCCUUCUGAACAGGGUGUUUUAAAAUAUGAUAGUAAAUAAGAAGUAUGAUAACAUCCAAGUGACUACACUCUUAUUAUAUAUGUUAUUUUUCAAGCCAUACUUCGAAUCUGCCAGUUGAGAGGAUUUUUUAAAUAGGUACUUUUCAAAAAUCAUUAUACAUAACUGCAUAUUUGUUGUUUAUUAACAGGAACGUCUAGUUUUGGAGCAGCCUUAGAUGACUUUAAUUAUGUUCACAAAUUAACAAUUUAACUGGAAUCCAAAUGUAAUCAGUGUAAUCAGGCAUCCGCUGGAGUAGUGUCUGUGUCUUCAAAAAUUACAUCUGGCCAAAAUGCAGACAAACAACAAAUGUCAUCUGGAUCAACUUAUUUACACUUGUAAGUAAUUCUUACACAAAUGUAAGGAUAGAAAAUAGAAUUAGAAUUUUUUUUUAAAGAAAAAGACAAAGGAGUUGUUUGACAGCACACAUUGGAUUGACCAGUAUGGCAUCACAUCAAUGUCAAUGUCAAAUUCGGGGGUGCAAAAAUACCAGGUGGAAAAAUUGACAUUAAUGUGACGCCAUAGACCAGCAGUACAAUAUGAAAGUCCAAGCAGCUUAGUACAGAUCUUGGAGGGAUGAUGGUAGAUUUUGACAAGUUUCAUGGAUGCAUUUGUGAGGAUUAUCAGUUCAAGGUGUGGCCACUUAACAAAACUAUGUAAGAAAAUGAUACUGCCAGCCUCAGCUCAAAUGAAAUCAGUUAGGAUGGUCAGAAACAACACAAGAAACUUUAAAGGCACAGGCCAGCCAUGAACUGGAAACUGCUGGACCAACAGUGCCACUGUCUACAGUCACAUGAUGUUUACAUUACCAUGCACUGACUUAUAAGAAAGAAUAAAAAAAAAUCUAAGAAAAAAUGCCAUCUUGGUACUCAGGUACAGCUUGCAUCUCACCACAUGGACUAGAAAGUCUUCUAAAAGAAAUGCUUUAUGGUCAAAUAAGACAAAGAUAGAGAUGAUGACUGCAUGUAAACUUUUGACCACAACUGUUUUAGCUUUGACGAAUAAAAUUUAUUUGAAUUAUCUUCACCCAUUUUGACUCUUGCCAAUGUGAAUUAUACUAUGUAUCAUACAGAUGCAGUGGCUUGCAUGUGAAAUUGAAAAAAAUGUGGGCAAACAAAGACUUUAUUGAGAAGGGUAAAACAACACACAGCAGCAGGACAGUGAACAAUGGCAAGUCACAUGCCUCAAAGAAACUUCAGCAGAGGAGGGCCUGAAUCACCCAUAAAUAAACUCUGAAAGUUCAGAAUUAAUCAUCACUUUUAGGUGUUCGCUGCUGUGCCAGCAUUUAAAUUCAGUGUACAUGUGCCCCAAACAAGCUUAUUGUGGAUAGUAUUACUUUACUGAACCUGUACAGUUUUGUAUCAAUGCAAAUUUUAAACAGAUCUACUCCACCUAACGCACUACAAUGCUGAAUGCAGUAGUUGUCUCAUUGGGUGAUCUAAUGUGAAGGGCUGCUUUAAGUCAAUUAUGUUUAGUCUCUUUUGAGGUGUUAAUGCUUUUACACCCCUAUGUCU